GCUCCAGUUUCCAGCCGUGGGACUUCAGAGCCCCAUGUGACACGACUCAAUCACAGGAAGAGCGCCUAUUCCGAUCUCGGCCUUCCAUGGCUCGUCGACCGCUGCUGGGGUGCCUCCUGCUCUGGGGCUUUUGCGCCCUCUCCCCCAGCUUUGUUGGGCCCCUGGACAGGAGGCCGAGGCCCCAGAAGCCCCAGAUGCAGGGCACGCGGGCCGAGGUGGAGCCGCUUACCGACGAGGAGGACGGUGACCCGAUGGCCAAGUUCAUGGACCGAUGGAGCACCAAUGGUGGGCUGCUGCUGGGCUCGAUCCUUGGCAUCGGGCUGGGCCUGGGCCUGGAGAAGUUCUUUGAGCUCUUCAUGGACUGGACGAAGGCCGGCAUGGCAGUGACAGGUGUCUACUCCGCGGGUCUCAUCAUUUGGCUCUCGCAGUACCUCUGGCGGGUGGAGAACAAGCAGACCACCUAUGCCAAGCAGCUAUCCCAGUACGAGCAGGAAAUCAUGAUCCGCCGCCUGUCGGAGUUGUCGGAGGAGGAGAUCGACGCGCUGUGCUUUGAGGUGGGCAUUGACAGCAAGGAAGUCUCUGCAGCAUUGGAAGGCGACGACCGCAUCAAGGAACUUUCCAAGAAAGAGCAGAUCUUAGAGCUCUUCCGCAACACCGAGAUGAAACCACAAAUGGACCCUCGCGCGGGCCUGCCCUUCUUCCAGUGAGCGAAAGUGGGCCAAGCCCAGAUGGCCGAACUGGCUUGAACUGAGCCCGCCAAGCCUUCAAACCUUCCCUUCAGGGUUGUUUCCCACAGCGAAAUCGCUUCACAUGGCCAAUCUUAGGCCAGGUGUGGCUUUUGGUCGCGCGACAAGUUGGAGCGCUGUCACGGAUUGCCGCCAAUUGAGCCAGGAACGUUUUCCUCGUUGGCAUGUGUGCCGAUGAGCUGAGCC